CAUUUUUCUCUCUCUAAUAAUAUUCUCCACAACUCCGCAAACACCCAUCAUCUAUAUUUGGGUCGACAUUGUUGGGUUAUCUCUUGCAAUGGCGCAAUUACCUCCUAAAAUACCCAGCAUGACUCAGAAUUGGGCACCCUUCCCCCACCAUAGAAUAAUGCCCUCCAUGGCCAACUUCCUCCCCUCCUCCGCCGGCGUCAACCACCCCCCUUCUUCUCCCCCUCAGCAGCAUCAGUCUUCUUUGUGCUGGAUGGAUGAGUUCCUUGACUUCUCCUCCGCCCGGCGCGGGGCUCACCGCCGCUCGGCCAGCGACUCCAUCGCGUUCCUCGAGUCGCCGUUGAAUGUACUCGACGUCGACGUCGACCACUGCGAGAGGAACCCCACCGUCCACGGCUCCAACAACAUUGCGGGCUCGUUCGACCGCCUCGACGACGAGCAGCUCAUGUCCAUGUUCUCCGACGAUAUCGCCGUCCCUCCCGCCGUCACCUCCUCUUCGAACCCGUCGUCACCGUCCGACCAGAAUAGCAACAACGACGACAACAUGAACACGAACAAUAAUAACGGCAACAUGAACAACGAGAAUGCGAACAACAACAACGUUAACGGCAGCAAUGGCAAUCACCGGCCGAUGAUGAACCUCAGGAUCGACGGCCACCAGCAGCCGAAGAGCGAGCCCGGCGAGGUCGAGAGCUCAUUCGAUCCCAACGAUCCGCAUUCUCAGUCCCCCCGUGCGCCACUGCCGACCUCCCCCGCCGACCCCAAGAGGGUAAAAAGAAUCUUGGCGAAUCGGCAAUCGGCGCAGAGGUCCAGAGUGAGAAAGCUGCAGUACAUAUCGGAGCUCGAACGCAGCGUCACAUCAUUACAGUCGGAGGUGUCGGCGCUUUCACCGAGAGUUGCAUUUCUAGAUCACCAGAGGUUGAUUCUCAAUGUGGACAACAGUGCUCUGAAGCAAAGGAUUGCUGCUUUGGCUCAAGAUAAGCUCUUCAAAGAUGCUCAUCAAGAGGCAUUAAAGAAGGAAAUCGAGAGAUUAAGGCAGGUUUAUCACCACCAAACCCUAAAGAAGAUGGGGAGCAACGGCAAUGGUAAUGGCAAUAACAACAACCAAAACGCCGCCGCGGCUCCACCGCAACAGCCGCAGCAAGCCCUCCAUCACAGCCCGGCGGACAUGAUGCUCUGUACGGAUCACAAUAAGGCGCAGCAGCAGAUUAUGAAUUGAAGAAAACAAGACGAAGAAGAAUUAUCAUACCAGGCAAAGCAGAUUUAAUCUUUUUAUUUUCUUUUAGGGGGGUGGGGUGGGGGGGCUAACUCGGUCCUUUUCAUUCAUUCACGUGAUAUGUUCCCACAAGGGUUGUGGGACCCUUGACAAGGUUUGUAAGAUCGGAUUGGUGGGUGAGGAUGGCUGCGACAUCAACUGGAGCUCAUGGAUAGGGUGCUGA